ACUCUGUCUUCCCUCCAGCUCAGAGUGUUUCUGGCUCUAGUGCUCCCCCUGCUGGUUGAGAGCACCUUACUUUCUCAGAAACUGUUCCCGACAGACUGCUCUAAUAUCUACACUAACGGACAAAAACUGAGUGGAGUUUACACCAUCUACCCUGCAGGUGACACACCUGUACAGGUGUACUGUGACAUGGGCUGUAAUGGACAAAUAAAGGAUGCAAAGUGGACGGUGAUUCAGAGGAGAAUGGAUGGCAGUUUGAACUUCUACAGACCAUGGGAGCAGUACAAGAAAGGAUUUGGGAACAAAAAUGGAGAAUACUGGCUGGGAUUGGAGAAACUCUACCAGCUCACCCGCAAGAGAAAGUAUGAGCUGAGAGUGGACCUGGAGGACUUUGAGGGAGGGAAGGUUUACGCCCAGUACUCUAAUUUCUCUGUGGAAUCUGAUGUCAAUGGCUACAAACUCACCGUUGCUGGAUUCAUCAAUGGAGGAGCCGGUGACUCACUGGGAUACCACAAUGGACAGAAGUUCUCCACCUUUGACAAAGACCAGGACACUUGGGGUGGUAACUGUGCUAAAUCCUACCUUGGAGCAUUUUGGUACAAUAGUUGCCACCAUGCUAACCCCAACGGUAUCUAUCUGUGGGGAAGGGAUAGCACCCUUUUCGCUAUUGGAGAUGUGUGGUAUCACUGGAAAACGUAUGAUUAUGGUCUCAAGUCCAUCAGUAUGAAGAUCAGGCCUGUGGCCUAG